CGUUGCAGACUUGCCUACCAACUGGAAGAACACAUAACUUGACACUACUUCUGCUUUCACUGCACCGCACUGAUUUAAAUAUGUCAAAAUCCAUUAGCUCGAUGUAUUAGCCGUGACACUAAUGUACAGUUAUCUGGACUUAUUCAGAGUCUUUGCAUGGAUAAAAAUCUCCGGGACUGUCUGCUGAGUUCGAUGUCGCAGUCGGACAGAAGAUCCAACAGAAGAUCUUUGAAGAAAUGCUUAUAAAGCUGUCUUGAGUCCGGGAGAAUGGAGAACAACAAGUGAUGGAGAACCGUGAGGAAAGUCCGGCAGUUGAGCAGCUCCCCACAGAUGUAGAGCGAGGACUUCUCCAUGUCUGGCGUUCAGCAGGAUGCAGUGAGCAGCUCAGUCCAGAAAGAUUGCUGCUGCCCUGGCCUGUUGUGCAGGUCGCCCUGGGAGAGCAUCAUGGCCUCCUGUUGGCACAGGGUGGUCAAGUGUUUUCAUUUGGGGAGCUUUUAUGGAGGGAUUUGAGCAUCCCAGUGUCUGCCCCGGUGCUAGAAGGUUCUCUGCUGGGGAAGAUGGUGAUCCGUGUGGCUGCUGGUGGCUUCCACUGUGGAGCACUGACUGAGCAGGGCAGCGUCUACAUGUGGGGGGAGAAUACUGCAGGACAGUGUGGGCUAACUGACAGGGGAACAAUCAUGAAUAUCACAGUCUCGGAACCCAGCCCAGUCAGUGUGGUGGACACUGAGGUCAUUCCUCCAGCGAUGGUUCGGGUCCUGGAUCUCGACUGCGGACGGGAGCACAGCUUGGCUCUGUCAGCCCAGAACGAGCUGUGGGCCUGGGGUAGCGGCUGCCAGCUCGGCCUGGUCAUCAACACCUUCCCUGUGUGGAAACCACAGAAGGUCGAGCACUUGGCAGGUCGACACGUGAUUCAGGUGGCUUGUGGUGCAUACCACAGCCUGGCUGUUGUUCGUAGUUUACCUCAUCAGGACUAUAACACCCAGAAUCCCCCUAAGAAGAGGGAACGGGACCAGUCACCUCACUGCCCAGUACCAGACAGGGAGGAGCUGUUAACAGCCGAGGAUGCUCAUUACUGUCCACUCGGGGUGGAGCUGACUGAAGUCAUGAGAAGCGAGACUCCUCCCAGAAGACGAGCCCCCCAACAAAACCUCCAUUCAGGGGAAAUGUCCUCUGGCAGCAGCCCUGGCUCUGGAACCAGCUCCUGCUGGCUUUCUGAGGACAACAAAUCUAACACUAAACAGAGGAAUCUUUUGGUUAGCACCAGGCUUGAGCCCGAGGGAAACACUGACUCUGAGUCACAGGUUGAUGGCAGCCCCAAAGCCCAACAAAUGUCAGACUGGAGAGUCAAUAAGAACUCGGCCUUCCAUGAUGAGCUUCAAAACCUCCUUGAGAAACUUUCUGGUCCGUUUUUAGAGUUGCAACACACCAGCAGGACAGGAGAGACCGACUCCCUGAGCAGCCAAACAUCAGAUGAUAGCUAUGUUUCCUCAACGGAUCUGAAUUCCAGUUACAAAGAUGAAUCAUCUUAUAAAAGACAAACCAACAGCAACAGCGGACCGUCUGGGUCAUACUCCUCUUCCCCAGUCUGUUUGGAAGAAGUUCGUCUUUGUCUGGAGAAGGAGAAGCAGGCACUGCAGGGCCAGAAGAGCUCCAGUCUCACAAAUAUACACCAGAAGGGGCGAAUUGCAGCGAGCAGGAGACGCUCACUUCCUGGAACCCCCACCCAUGGGUCUCCUCGGAGACGGCAGCCGUGCGCCUGCAGCCGGCUUUCUGCGGGUCAGGCUGCAGGACCAGAGGAUGCAGGAGAUGGGCUGCCGUCUCUGGAGACGGAGGUCUGGAGCUGGGGCCGCGGGUCUGAAGGACAACUUGGUCACGGAGAUCAGCUCGCCAGACUCCAGCCUCUGUGUAUCAAGUCUCUGACAGGCAAGGAAGUGAUCAAAGUUGCUGCAGGGUCGCACCAUUCGCUGGCUCUCACCGCUCAGUGUCAGGUAUACUCAUGGGGAAGUAACAUGUGCGGGCAGCUUGGUCAUGUCAACAGUCCCGUCACUGUGCCACAACAGGCGAAGCUGUCUGAGGGUCUUCGUGUUUGGGAUCUGUCAGCUGGUCAGAGCCACUCCCUCCUCUUGGCUGAUGGUGACUGCGUCCAGCCAGUCCUGUUGUACUGCGGCCAGCAGCAGGAGCCUCUGACUGAGACUCCACAGCAGAGUGAACACUCAUGCCAGAGGUCACCCAGCAGGGCGACGACUUACACAGUCAGACCCAUGCUGCUGCCGUUCUGCAUCGAGAUGGGCUACAUUAGCAGCGUGUGCAGUGGUGGUCAGAUGUGUGCUGUGCUGGCAGACCACAACGUGAUGGGCUUUAUCUCAGCUAUCCAUGAGCUGGCCUCCAGAGAGAGACAGUUUUACUGCUGGUUAGGUGAUGUCAGGAAAGUCCUCCUCACUCCGACACGUAAUCGAGAGAGUGUGUGUCCAUCUCUGGGUGAGCCAUGCACCAAUCUUUUCUUCUCACUUUGUGAGAGUUUGGUUCACCUGAGCACCCUGGUUGGUCGUCACGCCACUUCACUCAGCUACUUCCUGAAGAACGCACAGAGCUGUGAUGUCACAUCAUUCCCCCUGCUGACUCACACCGACUAUUUCCUGGACACUUAUAAAAAGUAUUGUUCUGCUGUUGGUGACUUCCAAGUAAUGGGAGGUUUCCAGUCGCUUCAUAAACUUUCAGUAGAGUGUUUGGGCAGUCAGCAGACUUUGCUGUCUCAGCUGUGUGUCUCAGACCAGUCUGCCCAAGGGGAGGUGGAUCUGGUUUCGGUGUUUUAUUGGCCUCUACAGCAGCUCCACCAAUACAACAGACUCCUUCUUAAAAUGGCAGCAUGCUACGAUGUGUUAACUGUCGAGUAUCAGUCUCUCCAUCAUGGCUUUAGUAAUUAUGAGACUCUGUCUCUGUCGCUGCUGAGAAAGAAGAAAGAAGCUGAAACCACCUUCCUUUUCUGGAAGACCCACUCUGGCAAAACUGCUGAGAUUCUGCGUCACCCACAGCGCCGUGUGGUGUGUGAAAGCAGCAACAGAUCUCUGACUCUGCAGAACGCCGGCCGCUUCUCCAAUCACUGGUUCAUACUGUUCAAUGACGUGCUGGUGCACACACAGGGUACCAUUCCCUCUCAGAGCUUUUUCUCCACACACCACAUCUAUCCUCUGAGUUCCUUGUGGGUGAAACCAGUUACUGAAGACGGCAGCGGACUCUAUGCCAUUAAAAUAACCUGUCCAGAGGAGAGUUUCACUUUGGUGGCCUCAACAGCAGAAGAAAAGAACAAAUGGCUGAGAUGUCUUAACCAGGCAGUGGAUCAGGUGCUGGGUGGUGGAGGUCAGGGGUCAUCACCAGGGGUCACUGCAAUGACACGCACGGCCUCCUACACCUUCACUGUAGACGAGCGAUUCAAAGAUGCUCAGUACAUUGGAGGCUGGCUGGCAGGACGGGUUCAUGGCAGAGGAACCAUGAAGUGGCCAGAUGGCCGGAUGUACAAGGGAAACUUUAAGAAUGGACUGGAGGAUGGUUAUGGAGAGUGUGUAAUACCUAAUAAAGUGCUGCACAAACCAGACAGCUACCAAGGACAGUGGAGAGAGGGAAAAAUCCAUGGGUUUGGGAAGUACAAGUAUUCUAGUGGUGAGGUGUACGAAGGCUGCUUCUCUGACGGGCUACGCCACGGUUACGGGAUGCUGAGCUCCGGUAAACUGGCCAGGACUUCCUCCAGCGUUUUCAUUGGCCACUGGGUUCACGACAAGAAGACGGGAUACGGAGUUUACGAUGACAUCACCAGGGGUGAGAAGUACAUGGGACUGUGGCUGGACGACCAGCGGCAUGGCAGCGCUGCAGUCGUCACCCAGUAUGGUGUGUACUAUGAGGGGACAUUUAGAGAGAACAAGAUGAAUGGUCCAGGUCUGUUGGUGUCUGAGGACGACACAUUUUUUCAAGGAGAGUUUUCUGACGAGUGGACUGUCAGUGGGAAGGGUGUUUUGUCUCUGCCUAACGGGGACUGUCUGGAUGGCCUCUUCAGUGGAGAGUGGAGCACAGGUCUAAAAGUGGUGGGAACGUACACCAAACCAGCUAUCGAUGUAUGUGGGAACAAAGAGAGAAAAAGCCUGCAGUUGGGUCAGUAUGUGGUACCUGCAGGUCAGAGGUGGAGCUGCUUGUUUGAUGAAUGCUGGAGUCGACUGGGCUGUGAUGCUGCGAGGAGAGGGGAGAGAACCACAGCAUGGGAAAACAUUGCUGUUACUAUAACAACUGCACGACGACAGAGCCUGGACCUCAGCAAAUCUCAGACUAAAGUACUGGAGAGUUUGGAGUUUAUUCCUCAGUAUGGAGAACCGGUCACCACUGCAAGUUAUGACAACAUUAGAAGAUAUCUCAUUAAGGCUUGUGAGACACCCCACCAUCCACUCGGCUGGCUGGUAGAGACGCUGGUCACGGCCUACAGGAUGACCUAUGUCGGUGUUGGAUCAAACCGCCGGCUGCUCCGGCAGGCCGUCCAGGAGGUCCAGGCCUACCUCACACACCUCUACAGCAUCAUCAGGUUUCUGUUUCCUGGGUUACCAGAUGAUGGCAGCAUCAUCCCAGAACCACCUGCCCCUCCAUCCAGAAGCAGAUGCAACUCUAGCAAGGCGGAGCAGGGUGUUAUGGUGGUGAGCUGCUCCUCUCUGCUCCUCCCUCUACUGCUUCCACGACUCUAUCCUCCUCUCUUUACCCUGUACUGUCUGCAGGAGGAGCAGGAGGAGGCCCAGUACUGGGAGCGCAUCCUCCGACUCAAUAAACAGCCUGACCAAUCACUGCUCAGCUUUCUGGGAGUGCAGGAGAAGUUCUGGCCAGUCUGGAUGUCAAUUCUCGGAGAAAGAAAGCAGAUUGUGUCCAGCAGUAAAGAUGCCUGUUUUGUUUCUGCUGUAGAGACUCUCCAACAGCUCAGCACCACCUUCACUCCAUCAGACAAACUUGUGGUCAUUCAGAAGACGUUUGAAGAACUGACACUGGAAGUGAAACCAAUGCUGGAUGGGGAUUUCCUGUGGUGCAUGGAUGACCUGUUCCCUCUCUUCCUCUAUGUGGUGCUCAGAGCGAGGAUCAGGAACCUUGGAGCUGAAGUCAGCCUGAUUGAAGACCUGAUGGAUCCCAACCUUCAGCACGGAGAGAUGGGACUGAUGUUUACAACACUGAAAGCCUGCUACAUCCAGAUCCAACAAGAGUCCACCACCUAGUAGCAGACUGGAAGUGGAAACAUCGAGGAAGAAAACCAGUGAAAUCUGUAAAUUUCUGCAGGUGGAAGCUGCAGACAGCGGAGGAAGAAGAGCGCGUCAGGUUUUCACCUUCUAUCAUUACAGGAACAGGAUCAUUGUGGGAUGAUAAACCUGCAACUCUCAGUUUUAAUGAGAGACUAACAUAUCGCCCCCUUCUGGACAUGUUACAAAGUUACAUGAUCGGCUUCACAACAACUGUUUACUGAUGGAUUUCAACUCCACAUUGUAAUUUAUCUUUUUAGUUUCUAAGUUUUAUUAUAUUUAUCAGAACUAUUUAUUGAACAUUUUACAGCGGCGUAGCAUCUGAGGGUAUUUCAUCACUUUUAAAGUGUUUUUUCUGUUUUCCAGUAUUUUCCUAAAGAGCAAUUCAUAUAAUUAUGCAAUGAGAACCUGGGCAGGUGUUUCACUGAAAACGUGCUUCAAGCAAAGGGACGUCGCUGCAUCACUGACAAAGUCUGAAAUAUGAGCACAUUUAAAGGGAAAAUCAGAGACUAAUAACUUAAAUAAUAAUGUAAAUAAACACUUCUAAAAGGGACUUAGAGGUUUGACACAGUUGAAAACAACAAUGGGCCUCAUUCACCAAUAUCUUCUUAAGAAUCUAAAUAAUAAAAAUGUUUUGUUUUUGUUUUUUUAAUCCCAGAGGGUGGCCAUGUUUCAGCACCCGGGGAGCAGUUUGGUUGUUAAGGGGUUAAGGUCCUUGCUUAGUCUGCACCCCUAGACUAGACUACCACUCCCCUUUAAAUCCAUCUUAAAACUUUAAAACUUCUAAAGUUUUUGAGUUCUUAAGGAAUUAGGGCAUCAGAUUUAUAAACGUAUUCUUAGGCUGCAAACUGUUUGUAUCUUUGCUCUCAGGUUGAUGAAUGCCAGCCUGCUUAAUGAGUCCUGCAACACUAACUUCUCCUUGUUCGAGUGCCUUCCCACUGAUCUUCUGAGAUGCAGUCGUGUGCUCCUCCUGGGAAGCAGGAGAUCACAUGCAGUAGAUGGUUCUAACAGAGUGAUGUGGUUGAGGUUUGGGAAUGGAUUGGGGGAGGGUGCUUUAAUGCACAUGCCUGUACAGUCCAGACUGAUGAUGUUAAGAAGACCAACCACAGAAUUAAAUUCUGCUACUGGUUCUUCAGCUGUAUAUGGAAAGUCGGCAUAGUGUGUGGCCAGUUACUUUAUUGCAGCCAUGACUCACCAGAGUUCGGUUGAUGAAUGGCUAUGAUACACCCUCCCUAUCUCCCGGCUCCCGCUGAAAUGUUCCAGUGGCCAAAUAGCCCAAGGUCAACAGAACCUGUACGUGUGGUGAAACAGGGUUGGACUGCUGUCUGUGGCUUAUCACUCUCUGUUAAUAAAAUCUGGGUGGUCAUGAAACGGGUGUUCCCUCUGUAGGGCAUGAUCUGCAGUAUCUGCCCACAGCCGUUACCAUACUGUUCUAUGAGCAGGCCCAGGCGGAAAAAGUGCCACAUUUGAUGUAUAUAAAUGGUGGAACAACGAGCUGAUGGCAUGGUUUCCAGUUAAUUCAAUAUAAAUGAAAGUGUUGAUGUACUUAAUUCAUCUUAAAAUGACAAAAUGCUUAACAUACAAGUUAAAUUACCAAAAGUUAUUUUAAAAAAAUAUGAAAAUAUUACUGUAACUUCAUUGUAUCAUAAUUAACUACACAAUAGAAGACAAGACAGAUUUUUUAUUGUUUAAACAGGUCAGCACUAAAAUGUGGACAAAAGUACUCCUGAGUGUUGCUGAAUGUCAAAUCAUUGUAAAAAAAAAAGUACAAGUUGGACCUGAGAACACAUUUAUCCUUUGUUGGUGAAUGAGGCCUGAUGAAAACACGCUGCUUAAAGCAUGAUGUCGCUGCUUUCAUUGGGAGAAGCUGUAUGUACAUUAACGGGAUAGAAGCUUAAUUUUUCAUUUCACAGUUUGUUUUAUGAGUUCAGGUGUAUUCAGAUAUAAAACUGAUGCUUGUGUGGAAAUCAGAACCGUUGUCCUCCUCAGUUUCUUUGAUGCAGAAGACAUUAAAAAGUUUUUUUAUACUGUCAUCAGUUUCUAAAGCUGAUCUCAGAUCUGAUGUUCGGAGGCGGUGUGCAGUAAACUGACUGUAGGACAGUCUGAUGUCUUCACUGAGUAAAAUAACUAUUUUAAACUGCAAAGAAUUAAUGAGUGAAACUAAUCAAUUUUUGUUAAUGUUUCACUGUACUUGUGUUUUUAGAGUGUGUAGUGUGUGUGUGUGUGUGUGUGUGUGUGUGUUGGGAAAUCGCUGUAGCCUCAUAAAAGGAAGAGUGUAGAAUUUGAUCUUUUGUACAAAUUCAGAAAGUCACAACAGAUGAUGCUGAAAUUUCCCAUAAAUGAGAUCAUUAGUGCUGCACUUGUGACAUGAGUGUGUUCAUGUAUGUCCUGAUUGUUACUCAGCAAGAUUCAAACAUGAAUCUAGUCUAACGUUUGUACAGGUUGUCAAAGAUCCAUUUUACAUCAAAGUAAUAUAUUUAAUGUUCAGUAUUUUUAAACUACUUAUAACAGGGGUGUCGAACUCCGGUCCUCGAGGGCCGGUAUCCUGCAGGGUUUCAUUGCUUCCCUGAUCUAACACACCUGACUGAAAUUAAUGUGAAAAAGCUGUUGGAUCCAUUUGAUUUUAUUCAGGUGUGUUGGAGCAUGGAAAUAACUAAAACCUGCAGGAUAGCAGCCCUUGAGGACCAGAGAUUGACACCCAUGGCUUAUAAUCUUUUAUAAGAAAUGUCUCAUCACUGUUAGGUACAACUUUCCUGAGCUCCUCAGAAGUUGCUCAUUUUUUAACCUUUUUCGUUCAUGAUUAGCAUCUAAUUUAAUAAUUAGUACAAAAGAAGCAUAUUGAUAGCAUCACACAUUAUAAUUAUGUCAGAAAAUGACAAACCUGAUCAGACAUGAAGAAUCCCUCUGAAAUCCCACUUGCAGUGACCGUAGUUGAAUCUGCACCAGUUAAACACAUCAAUCUGAAAACUGGGAUGGGUUUAGGUUUAGGCGCAGAGCCGUGGUCACAAAGGGAAGCUGGACGUUGUGUCCUCAUGUUACUGUUGAUGGACUGAUUUCUUAAUAGUGUGAGGUACUUUGGAUUUAGAGGUUUUUUCUCUGAGAAUAUUUUGUACUGUAUUUAUUGCCGCUUUAGUCUGCAGGAUGUAAACCUUCAUCACCUGCUGUUCACACAUUUGUCACGGGAGGUUGAUUUUUCUUGGACAGGAAGUUACAGGUCUGAGUUUGAUAGAGAAUGGCAUUAAAAAAAGUCACUGCUCAGUGAAUGUAGUGUCUCUAUUAAACUGAAGCUUGUUACACUGCUCUGGUAACUUAAAUUUCUUUAAGUUUUCACCCUUAAAUCAUAGUGAAGGUGAAUAUUUUUCUAACCUAGUUUAUAUUUUUGUAACUUGGUUAGAUUUGACAGAAAACUGAUAUGAAAAUGGAUAUUUGAUGAUCAGAAAGGGUAAUAAAGAUGUUUUGAUUCUG